CUUCAUUUGAAUUUUGGCAUUGAAUCUAAAUCUUAUUUAAAGGAACACUUGCGUUUACUUUCAAGCAUUAAUUUUUAAAAUAAAAUUUAACGUUUUUGAAAACUGGUCUAAUAUUUACAACAUGAUUUCUUACGAGUAAAUGUUUCAGUGACGUUCCCAUUAGUUUAUCGAAAUAUUUUUGAAUUUUUGUUGACAUAAAAUUAAGCAAAAUAUUCGUUGGAUUUUGGUGAAAAUUUUAUCGUUCGGUCCAUUACAUGUUUUGUGAAAUGUUUUCGGCACAACAACAGGUUUUGAGAAAUCGUCGACGAAUGUCCGCGCUAACAACGCUACAGCAGAGAAUUGCAGCAAAUAGUGCUCAGUCUGACAGAUUACAUAUGGUUAAAAAGCAAACUCAAACCCUGCGUGAGUUCUUCGAAGAUUUACAGGUGGAGGAAAAUCGUAUAAAACGUGAAAUUCUUAAAAUCGCACAAAAAAUUAAAAAGUUAGAAAAAACCGCCGUAGAGGAUGUGGAGGAUUGUAAAACCGUUUGGAAGUGAAAUUAAUUUUUCGAAAUAAUUCUGAAACACUUAUGUAUGUACAUCAUAAUUGCAUAAUAUGAAUGUUGGAAAUAAAAUUGUAGCUUAACAAACGCUGGCUUAGGCGACCGAUGGAGCUAAGAAUAAAAUACGCCUGGGAUAAUAUAGUA